UAUUGGCGCUGUGGACAGGACGUGCUGCACCUGGCAACACAGGCUAGGCCGUUCACGAGGUUCUUCCUUUCCCAGCUAGCACUUUGCAGUGAAUGACUGCGUGGCUUGGAUGGACCGGUGAAAUUUAUUAUAAUUCAUUCAAGUCAGCCAAUUUUGAUUUUCAGUAAUACGCCACCGAAAUGCCGGCGUAUUUUCAACGGCCAGAAAACGCUCUAAAACGAGCCAAUGAGUUCCUUGAGGUUGGCAAGAAACAGCCAGCCUUGGAUGUUUUGUACGAUGUCAUCAAGAGCAAGAAACAUCGAACAUGGCAGAAGAUCCACGAGCCCAUUAUGCUCAAAUACCUGGAGCUCUGCGUGGAUCUCCGCAAAAGCCACCUAGCAAAGGAGGGCCUCUAUCAGUACAAGAACAUCUGCCAGCAGGUGAAUAUCAAGUCUCUGGAGGAUGUGGUCAGGGCUUACCUCAAGCUGGCAGAGGAGAAGACUGAGACAGCCAAGGAGGAGUCCCAGCAGAUGGUCCUGGACAUAGAGGAUCUGGACAACAUCCAGACCCCAGAAAGUGUGCUGCUGAGUGCUGUGAGUGGAGAGGACACUCAAGAUCGUACUGAUCGCCUGCUGCUCACUCCCUGGGUGAAGUUCCUGUGGGAGUCCUACCGCCAGUGCCUGGACCUACUGCGAAACAACUCCAAGGUGGAACGUUUGUACCAUGACAUUGCCCAGCAAGCAUUCAAGUUCUGUCUUCAGUACACUCGCAAAGCUGAAUUUCGCAAGCUGUGUGACAAUCUGCGUAUGCAUCUGGGUCAGAUCCAGCGCCACCACAACCAGAGCACCGCCAUUAACCUGAACAACCCUGAAAGCCAGUCCAUGCACCUGGAGACACGUCUGGUGCAGCUGGACAGUGCCAUAAGCAUGGAGCUCUGGCAGGAAGCAUUCAAGGCUGUUGAGGAUAUCCAUGGCCUGUUUGCUCUUUCCAAGAAACCUCCCAAACCUCAGCUGAUGGCCAAUUAUUACAACAAGGUGUCUACUGUGUUCUGGAAAUCUGGGAACGCUCUCUUCCAUGCCUGCACCCUCCAUCGGCUCUAUCACCUGUCCAGGGAGAUGCGUAAAAAUCUGACCCAAGAUGAGAUGCAGAGGAUGUCCACCAGAGUCCUCCUGGCCACACUGUCCAUCCCCAUCACCCCUGAGCGUACUGACAUAGCUCGGCUGCUGGACAUGGAUGGCAUCAUUGUGGAAAAGCACCGCAGGCUGGCCACCCUUCUGGGCUUGCAGUCACCUCCAACCCGCCAGAGUCUCAUCAAUGACAUGGUGAGAUUUAAUUUGCUGCAGUAUGUUGUACCUGAAGUGAAAGAGCUUUACAACUGGCUUGAGGUAGACUUCCAUCCUCUGAAGCUGAGUGGAAGAGUGACUAAGGUGUUGAACUGGGUGAGAGACCAGGGUGAGAAGGAGAUGGAUCUGCAACAGUAUGUCCCUCACCUGCAGAGUAAUACCAUCCUGAGGCACUUGCAACAGGUUGCACAGAUCUAUCAAAGCAUCGAGUUUAGCCGUCUGGCUUCCCUGGUUCCAUUUGUGGAUGCCUUCCAGCUGGAGCGCUCCAUUGUGGAUGCUGCCCGACACUGUGAUCUGCAGGUUAGAAUAGACCACACCUCUCGGACCCUGAGCUUUGGAUCGGACCUGAACUACUCAACCAAAGAGGAUGCUCCUGUUGGACCUUUCCUACAGAACAUGCCCUCAGAGCAGAUCAGGAACCAGCUGACUGCCAUGUCUGCUUCUCUAGCCAAGGCCAUCCUGGUUAUCAAGCCUGCCUCCAUCUUGCAAGAGCGUGAGGAACAGAAUCAGCAGGCCAUUGCUGCCUAUCUGAAAAAUGCCCGCAAGGAUCACCAGCGCAUCUUGGCUCGUAGACAAACCAUUGAGGAACGUAAAGAGCGCCUGGAGAGCCUAAACAUUCAGCGUGAGAAGGAGGAGCUGGAGCAGCGGGAAGCGGAGAUGCAGAAGGUCCGCAAGGCCGAGGAGGAGCGUCUGCGGCAGGAGGCCAAAGAGAGGGAGAAGGAGCGUAUCAUGCAGGAGCAUGAGCAGAUCAAGAAGAAGACAGUGCGUGAACGGCUGGAGCAAAUCAAGAAGACUGAACUUGGAGCCAAGGCAUUCAAGGAUAUUGAUAUUGAGGACCUGGAGGAGCUGGAUCCUGACUUCAUCAUGGCCAAACAGGUGGAGCAGCUGGAGAAGGAGAAGAAGGAACUCCAGGAGCGCCUGAAGAACCAGGAGAAGAAGAUUGACUACUUUGAGAGGGCAAAACGCCUUGAGGAGAUUCCUCUGAUCAAAAAAGCUUAUGAGGAGCAGCGUGUUAAGGACAUGGAACUAUGGGAGCUCCAGGAGGAGGAGAGGAUCAGUAACAUGAAAGUUGAACGGGAGAAGGCUCUGGAGCACAAGAAGCGCAUGUCCAGGAUGAUGGAGGACAAGGAAAACUUUUUGUCGAAAAUAACUGCUGCUCGUAGCUUCAUUUAUGAGGAAAAACUAAAAGCUUUCCAGGAGCGUUUGGUGGAGGAGAGGAAGAAACGCCUGGAAGAAAGGAAGAAGCAGCGCAAAGAGGACAGGCGCAACGCUUUCCACCGCCAGAAAGAGGAAGAGGCACAGCGUAUCCAUGAGGAGCAGCUCAAGAAAGAGCGUGAGGAGCGUGAACGCCUGGAACAAGAACAGCGAGAGGAGGAGGAGAGGGAGUACCAGGAGCGUCUGCGCAAGCUUGAGGAGCAGGAACGGAAGCAGCGUGCUCGUCAACCUUUGAGUGGUCCUGAUGUCUUGGCUCAGUGUGUCUUGAUUGAUUUUCUUAUACAGGAGUGGGGUGAGAAGGAGGAGGGAGGGUGGAGGAAGCGCACUGAAGGAGGUGAUUCAGACUGGCGUCGUUCUGUUCCUGACAGGGAUUGGAGACAGGAGGGCCGUGAUGAGGACAAAGAAGACGGAGAAGGGUCUUUCAGGCGAGGAGAGGGUCCCCGCAGAGGUGGAGAUGACAGAGGACCUCGGCGAGGCUUCGAUGAUGGAGGCCCACGUCGUGGCGGUGAUGAUGACCGCCCUCCACGCAGAGGUAUGGAUGAUGACCGUGGUCCAAGGAGGGGUGCAGAUGAUGACCGUGGUCCAAGGAGGGGUGGCUUUGAUGAUGAUCGCGGUCCCAGGAGGGGCGGCUUUGAUGAUGAUCGCGGUCCCAGGAGGGGCGGCUUUGAUGAUGACAGAGGUCCUCGUAGAGGCAUGGAUGACUCCAGGGGUCCCAGGCAUGGUGUUGAUGAUGACUGGGGGCCCAGAAAAGGAGGAGAUGAUGAAAGAGGUGGAAGGAGAGGCAUGGAUGACAUGCCGCGCCGUGGUGGUGAUGACGCUAAACCCUGGAAGCCUCUGGGCAGACCUGGUGGUUGGCGUGAGCGGGAGAAGGCCCGGGAGGACAGCUGGGGACCUCCUCGUGGUGGUGCUCGUGAUGAUGGAGAUGAUGAUGUCCGUCGCCCACAAAGAGAGGAGGGUCCCUGGAGAAGAGCAGGUGGAGAAGAAGGGAGCAGCUGGAGAGACUCUCGCAGAGAGGACGCUGACCAUGACGAACGUCGUGACCGUGAUGAACGCUACAGUGACCGCCGUGAUAGAGACCGCCGGGAGGACCGUGAAAACAGAGCCCCACCCAGAGAUCUUGACGAGGGAGGCUCUUGGCGUCGUGGAGGUGAAGAGAAGCGGGUGGAGAGGGAGAGGGACAGGCCCAGAGACACGGAGCGUGACCGUGAUACCGAUGGAGACAAGGGCUGGCGUUCUGACAGACGAGAAGAAAACCCUCGUCGCACCAAGAAUGAGACAGAUGAUGAUGGCUGGACCACUGUGCGCCGCUGAGGAAAAAACCUUUGCAUCAGUUAAUGAUGAAUAUAUUUUGAAAAAAACAACAAAAAAAAAGUCGCCUAGCCUCAGUGGUGACUGAAUGGCUAUGAGCUUCUGUUAUUCCUUCUGAAUUAAACAUUUGUAGACAGUAGUUUUCCUGGGGUUUUGCUCCCUUUUAUCUUUAUUUUGACUUUCAGCAGUUGUGAACCAGAGGCUGUGUGCCAUCUGAAACACCAUCAGCCAAUAAACUUGUGUGCUAGUA